AUGCGAACUACCCAGUCGUGUAACUAUUUUCCCCCCCAUAGUAUUCGUUUUUCUAUGUAUUUUCAUCUUCGGCUCGUGUCGCUAGAGGGCGCUUGUUCUAUUAUCCCCCUACCCCGCCCCAACGAUUCCUCGCCUCUCUUUCUUUCUUUCUUUCUUUCUUUCUUUCAAUAUCUCUACUUUCUUUCUUUCUUUCUUCCAAUAUCUCUACUUUCUCUAUUUCUAUCUUUCUUUCUGCGUUUCCUUCCUUCUUUGCUUCUUUCAAAAUCUCUUCUUUCUUUCUUUCUUUCUUUCUUUCUUCCAAUAUCUCUGCUUUCUUUCUUUCUUUUAAAAUCUUUUCUUUCUUUCUUUCUUUCUUUCUUUCUUAUUUCUGUCUUUCUUUCUUCCAAUAUCUCUGCUUUCUUUCUUUCUUUUAAAAUCUCUUCUUUCUUUCUUUCUUUUCAUAUCUCUUAUUUCUGUCUUUCUUUCUGCGUUUCCAAUAUUCCUUCUUUGUUUCUUUCAAAAUCUCUUCUUUCUUUUUUUUCUUUCUUUUCUGUCUUUCUUUCUUCAAUUUCUUUCUUUUCUUUUCUUUCUUUUAAAAUUUCUGUCUUUCUUUCUGCGUUUCUUUCUUUCUUUCAAAAUCUAUUCUUUCUUUCUUUCUUUCUUUCUUUCUUUCUGAUUACUUUCUUUCUUUCUUUUUUUCGUAAUCUUUUCUCAUGUGACAUCAAUAAAUGUUUAAUUGAUAACGUCAGCUGUUUGAAGACAAGUGAAGUACUCGCGAGAUAUCUCGCCAGCCGCAUCAUUCACAAGCGAAUUGAUAGCGUCGGCUGUUCGAAGACAAGCGAAUUACUCGCGAGAUAUCUCGCCAGCCGCAUCAUUCACAACGGAAUUGAUAACGUCGGCUGUUCGAAGACAAGUGAAUUACUUGCGAGAUAUCUCGCCAGCCGCAUCAUUCACAACCGAAUUGAAAGCGUCGGCUGUUUGAAGAAAAGUGAAUUACUCGCGAGAUAUCUCGCCAGCCGCAUCAUUCACAACGGAAUUGAAAGCGUCGGCUGUUUGAAGAAAAGUGAAUUACUCGCGAGAUAUCUCGCCAGCCGCAUCAUUCACAACCGAAUUGAUAGCGUCGGCUGUUCGAAAACAAGUGAAUUACUCGCGAGAUAUCUCGCCAGCCGCAUCAUUCACAACGGAAUUGAAAGCGUCGGCUGUUCGAAUACAAGCGAAUUACUCGCGAGAUAUCUCGCCAGCCGCAUCGUUCACAACCGAAUUAAAAGCGUCGGCUGUUUGAAGAAAAGUGAAUUACUCGCGAGAUAUCUCGCCAGCCGCAUCAUUCACAACGGAAUUGAUAACGUCGGCUGUUCGAAGACAAGUGAAUUACUUGCGAGAUAUCUCGCCAGCCGCAUCAUUCACAACCGAAUUGAAAGCGUCGGCUGUUCGAAGAAAAGUGAAUUACUCGCGAGAUAUCUCGCCAGCCGCAUCAUUCACAACGGAAUUGAAAGCGUCGGCUGUUUGAAGAAAAGUGAAUUACUCGCGAGAUAUCUCGCCAGCCGCAUCAUUCACAACCGAAUUGAUAGCGUCGGCUGUUCGAAAACAAGUGAAUUACUCGCGAGAUAUCUCGCCAGCCGCAUCAUUCACAACGGAAUUGAAAGCGUCGGCUGUUCGAAUACAAGCGAAUUACUCGCGAGAUAUCUCGCCAGCCGCAUCAUUCACAACCGAAUUGAAAGCGUCGGCUGUUUGAAGAAAAGUGAAUUACAUUCGAGAUAUCUCGCCAGCCGCAUCAGUCACAGCGGGAUUUUGAGCGUCAGCCACUCGAAACAUGAUAUGUCUAUAUUAUUCAAUGAAACAUGCUUGAAUAUCUAUCUAUCUAUCUAUCUAUCUAUCUAUCUAUCUAUCUAG